GCCCGGCUCUUCCUCUACUCAAAACCCUUGAAACUACAUCUCCCAGAAUGCUCUGAAGCUGGUCUGACCUCAUCUCAAAUGGCCCCGUAGGGCAACAAGGAUGGUUAAUUUUGACCGUGCUUAUUUGUGCCAUAAAAUAUCGAUCCUAACUGGCAGCUAUUUGGGCUUUUCUAUCUACCGACCUCCAGUUUUUGAACUGCAGCCACUAAAUGAAGGGGUUCUGGCCUGAGAAGGCUCUGCAUUCCUUCAACUGGAUGGGGAGCGGGGACGGUGUCACCGGCGAUUUCAAGAAUAGGAGGGAAUGUUGACCAGGGAGCACCGCUGCGGCCGAUCAGAGGAGCAGGAACCGGAGCCCGGGCUGAGUCCGAAAAAAGCCGGAUCCGGACGGUGGCUCCGAAACGGCUGUAAGUGGAAGAUGGAGGAGCCGGAGGAACCAGCGAACGGUGGGCAGUCGCUGCCCCCGGUUUACAUUUACAGUCCCGAGUACGUUAGCAUGUGCGACUCCCUGGCCAAAGUCCCGAAACGGGCCAGUAUGGUACAUUCCUUGAUUGAGGCAUAUGCACUGCAUAAGCAAAUGAGGAUAGUGAAGCCCAAAGUGGCCUCCAUGGAAGAGAUGGCCACCUUCCAUACUGAUGCCUAUCUGCAGCAUCUCCAGAAGGUCAGCCAAGAAGGAGAUGAUGAUCAUCCAGACUCCAUAGAAUAUGGACUAGGUUAUGACUGUCCAGCCACUGAAGGGAUAUUUGACUAUGCAGCAGCUGUAGGAGGGGCUACAAUCACAGCUGCCCAGUGCCUGAUUGAUGGAAUGUGCAAAGUAGCGAUCAACUGGUCUGGAGGGUGGCAUCAUGCAAAGAAAGAUGAAGCAUCUGGUUUUUGUUAUCUCAAUGAUGCUGUCCUGGGAAUACUACGAUUGCGACGGAAAUUUGACCGUAUUCUCUAUGUGGAUUUGGAUCUGCACCACGGAGAUGGUGUAGAAGAUGCCUUCAGUUUCACCUCCAAAGUCAUGACCGUGUCCUUGCACAAAUUCUCCCCAGGAUUUUUCCCAGGAACAGGUGACGUGUCUGAUGUUGGCCUAGGGAAGGGACGUUACUACAGUGUAAAUGUGCCCAUUCAGGACGGCAUACAGGAUGAGAAGUAUUACCACAUCUGCGAAAGUGUACUAAAGGAGGUGUACAUAGCCUUUAAUCCCAAAGCAGUGGUCUUACAGCUGGGAGCUGAUACAAUAGCUGGGGAUCCCAUGUGUUCCUUUAACAUGACUCCAGUGGGAAUUGGCAAGUGUCUUAAGUACAUCCUUCAGUGGCAAUUGGCAACACUCAUUUUGGGAGGAGGAGGCUAUAACCUUGCCAACACGGCUCGAUGCUGGACAUACUUGACCGGGGUCAUCCUAGGGAAAACACUAUCCUCUGAGAUCCCAGAUCAUGAGGCUGCACAUCUGGGCUUGAGGCAGAAUGAUUCACUUGCAGACAGAAACAACCAAAACAACAAAACCCUGCAGGCUCUGCCAGCAUCAACUGCUGCUUCUCCCGUCCACGGAGAUCUCGGUCAAGCUUCUUAUUGACUCAAUCCAUGCAACAUCUUCAUUAUUCUCCCCAUCUGGGAGAUAGGUAAUGUUAGAUGAGCCAAUGUGUCUAAAGUCAUUGAGUUCAUCAUUAGCAGAACCAGAAGGAGAACCGGAGGCUGUGGCUGCUGAGCUAGAGCUUCUGUGGGAGCUUCUGUGGGUCAGACUCCGUCCAUUAGGCCUUCCUCUCUUGUAAUGGAUACAUUUUCAGUUAUCAAGUGUACAAGAGGAGGCUGUCUGUGCUGCUGGGCAACUUCCUGAGAGGCAGGCACAUGAGAGUUGAGGGGUGGAGAGUGGAGAGCAGCAUUUUUCCAAUGCAUGAUUCCAAGUUGUGGGAACCAAGCUGAUAGCCAGGACCAGACCUUUCCUCAUCGGUACAUUGUCAGGCUGCCUCUGCCACCAGGUUUCUUGCUGCUUGCCAGCACUGAGACAGUCACUAAUCAGGUAAACCAGUGUAGAAGAAGCAUGUCUACCAUAUCAAAUCAUUGCCUAAUGAGCCUUCCCUUUAGGGUCCUGUGCAGACCUGAUAAAUGAGGCCAGUGCACGUCUGCCCAAAUGCUCAUUCAUUCAAAUGGCCUUAAGUGAGGCCCAUCUUUGUCCCUGCUCUGUGCAAAGUAAAGCUACCAUCUGGCUCUUGCUCCUGAGAGCUACACUUCUGGCCGAAUGGGGAAGAAGGGUGUGUAAACACAUAUGUCAGAGUGGGCCAGAGGGCUGUAAAUGACCUUGCUGAGGCACAGACAAGAGAGCAAGGACCUCGCCUUUGGGGAGUCAGCAAAGACUUCAGAGAGGUUACAUUUGAGCUGAGUCUUGAAAGAUGAGUAAGAAUGGUCUCGGCUGAGAAGGGAGGGCUAAGUAUUCUCUACACAAGGAAUAGUGAGUGGAAAGGCAGGAAGGUGUGACAGAGCAUGAAGAAACCCAGGAUCCUUUUGCAGAUGUAGGCUAUAUAAUUUUCUUUUUUUUCUUUUUCUCUCUUUUUUAUUUUAUUUUUAGGGCCGCACUGGUGGCAUAUGGAAGUUCCCAGGCUAGGAGUCAAAUAGGAGCUGUAGCCACUGGCCUACGCCACAGCCACAGCAACGUCAGACCCAAGCCACAUCUGUGAUCUAUACCGUAGCUCAGGGCAAUGCCAGAUCCUUAACCCACCAAGCGAGGCCAGGGAUUGAACCUGCAUCCUAAUGAAUGCUAGUCAAAUUCAUUUAUACUGAGCCAUGACAGGAACUCCUUUUUUUUUUUUUUUUUUUUAAUUUUCCAUUAAAGUAUCUCAAGGCCUUAGUAAUUUACAGUUAGACUUCCAGGCAAACCAUCACUCCAGCUUUUUCCUGGUUUUCAUGGCCUGUGCUUCCUCCCCACCACCCCCACCCCACCCUGCUUUGUGGCCUUUCUGCAGAACCUCAGUGCUUAGCUCAAAAGCUGGUGCUGAAAUGCACCGUUUCAAUUUGUUCAUUCCGAAUUUUGCACCAAUCACAUUGGCCCACUGGGUGACUGAGAUACAUGUUCUAGGUUUCUUGGAGCAGCAAAAGGAGGCCUUUUUCCCUCUGCUCCCCGAGGAAGCAGAGCUUGCCUGCCAUGGGGAAGGAUGGCACAAAAUCUCUGGGAACACCUGGGCUCCAUGUGCUAGGCCUUUACUGCCCCGUGUCUGCUCUCAACCAAAUGGCCUGUUUGCUUAGCUGCUCACUGCUAUCUUCAUUAGAGGAACAUUAAAACACUUGGUUUGGGCGUGGCAAGGUAAUGACUCAUCCUUAUAUGGACUCGUAAGUAAACUAUUAGGGGGCUUGCCUUGGUACACCUAUACUAAUCUGCUGGCGUGCAUAGCAUUGAAGGGACAGACCCGCAAGUUAGAGUUUUUUGUAAUGAAAGUGAACGCCCCUCCAUUUCUCUAGCCUCUAGGGUUUUUUCACAAAAUUUCUUCCACUGAUCCUCAUAAACACCCCUCUAAAGUUGGGAGGGUGGAGAUCUGUGUCCCCACUUUACCAAUAAGGAGACUGAACCUUGAUGGGUUAAGUGAUUCCAAGUGGUUCCAGUGUGACUGGAAACCAGGCCCUACCCCUACUCCCACGGUGGUCAAGGUGCUGGGAGUUUUUCUACUGCCCAGAGCUCCCUCCCCUGAGCCAGCCUCCCCACCCCCCCACUAUGGCGGGGCGAGUGUGGGCAGAGGCAGUGCUCCCAUAUUUACAAGACAUCUGGCUGAGGUCAAACACGCAAGUCUACAUGCUCCUUGCACCAUUCACUGCACACUCGCCUUGAGAAGGACCUCCGGAUGUUUGCCGUGUUAGCACCAAACUAGUACAGUAGAUAAAAAGCAGCCUCAGGAAGCAAAUACCCCUCCAAGAUGUAAGUCAUUUACUCCCUUCUUACCAGCAGGAUCAGGUUCAACCUGCAUAAAUCUAUUUUAGCGUAUUUUAAUUGCUUGUAAACUAAGUGUUUCCUGGAUAUGCCACCGACCAUGAAUAAUUAGAAUCAUUUCAAUGACUGGGUUUUCAAAAGGGAAUGGGAGAACCGACAAGAAGGGGCUGCUCAGAAAGGAGGGUCAUUUGUUAAGCCUGAGUGGGAGCGUUUGUCUCCAGUUUGGUUUGGUUUUGUCUUUUUUUCAUGAUGUCACUAGAGCUGCCUGUUUUUCAGCUACUCUGGCUGCCCUUCAUUUUUUAUGCAUCUCUCAUGUUAAGUGAUGCCAGCUGCUGACAAGGACAGGACCCAAGUGGCCACAGGUCAGAGCCAUUCAUUCACUUAGCCAAGAUGUAUGGAGUGCCUACUAUGUGCCAGGCCCAGACCAAAUCCACAGGAUAAGGAAAAGAAUAACGCCCCAUUCCAACCUUGAGGAGAACAUGGCCUAGUGGGGGAGACGGGCACAUAGACAAACAAUUACACUAUAACGUGAUAAGUACUAGAAUAGAGAGGUCGACAGUGAGCUGUGGGAACACAGAGGAGGAACUUAUUCCAUCAGGGGGAGUGGGGACUAGUGCAGCCAAGAAGCAACAUUUAGCAGGGGUGAGAGGGAAGCAGAAGGGUUGACCAGAUAACGAGGAGCGGGGAGAGACGCUCCCAUGCAGUGUGGCUACACUUUAGGGGCCAGAGCCUGGCCCAUGGUGUGAGAUAAGACUGGAGGGGUCGGUUGGGCCAGACUGCGAAGGCCUUUGUGUGUCUUGCCCAAGAGUUUGGAUUGGGUCCUGCAGUCAGUGGAGAGACAACCAUGGUUUUUAAGCAAGAGGAAUGACCUGAUCAGAUCUGGAUUUCGAACAGAAAACUCAGGGAGGGAGGGGAGACAAGGAAAUCAGAAAUUGACUCAGAGCACAGCUUUGCUUUGUCUUCCCCUGGACAUCAGGAGCUCUUACCUACAUGUCUGUUAGAGCACUUACCACAGAGAGUUAGAGUAGCUUGUUCGCAAGCUGCCUCCCCAUCCACUCCUUGAGGGCAAAGGCUGAGUCUCAGCCAUCUCUUCGCACCUAGAGCCUGCUACACAGGAGUCCUCAGGAGACGCUGGUGUCAAGCAACUGCGGGUACAAGUGAAUCAAUAGGUUCUAAGCAAGUUCAACUCUGAUUUGCUUCCAAGUAACCACUGCGAUGGAUCUAUCAGAGAUAAAUCCUACUGUGAUGGAAUAUCAAGUCUAUCCAUGACUUUCCCCCUGUCUCUGCCAAUCCCAUCAACCUAUCUUUGUCUGUCACAAAGGAAGGAUGCGCUGUUCAGAGAGGACAAGAAAGUUGCUUACAGAGCUGUGCUGGUGCUAGUUAUGACCCCGUUCUUUCUCAUAAAUUAACUUUUGAUGACUUGUUUAGGAUGUAUCUUCAUUGUCCUCAUUCUGCUGCUUCUGCCUUUCUUACCUUCUCUGCCUUCCUACUUAAAUCUGAUUCAUCCCUCAAGGCUACUUCAGUUGCUUCCCAUCUCCUCCAUGAAGCCUCAGCCAUCACUCAGCCCCUAUACUCAGAAUUAAGAAUUCCCACCUGAGGUCCCAUAGCCCUGUAGAAGUGACUUGCCUGUAAGGUUCAUCUCAUCAUAGUUAUUCCUGCACCUCUUUGCCUUCUCUACUAAACUGCAAGCUCCUCAAGGCCAGGGGUUGUCUACUUCAUCAUUGCCUCCCCAGCACCUCCCACGCCACAUCCUGCCCCAGCAGACAACCAGUGAGCAUCUUCAAAUAAUACCUCAAGUAUAUUGCAUGCUGUCUGGCUGUCCCUUUAGAGAUAAUGCCAGUCUUGGGAGUAACCUUUGCUGCUCUGUGCCUUCUUGUGCCCAGUGAGAUAUGUUUUGCUUCCUCUAAUGAAUGGCAAUAAGAACAAUCACUGUUCAUCAAACAAUGUGAAUAUCUCACAGAGAUAAAGAUCCCCUAAUCCCAUAUCAUUUCAGGUAUUUUGAAAGCAUGAAAUCCAGUGCCUCUACCAGAAGCAUAAGCACACUAACGCAUGCAGGGUUAUAAGUUCAGAUCUUUAGUGAGGAGCUUACUGUAUGAGGGGGACUCACCUAUGGUGCCAACUGAGCAAAAACAGAUGACCAUUCUCUUUGGAAGGACUUAUACUGAAUUAGCUCAACUCAGAACACAUUAAGCAUCAAGGACCAGAAAUUCAAGUUUUCUAGGUAGAAACGUCCAGCAGACAGUUGUAAAUUCAAGUCAGAGGCUGGGGAUAAACACGGAAACCAGAAAUGUAGGCUCUCUGCAUGGAAGUGCUUGAAACCACAGCGGAGAGUGCGAGCUCUUGCAGAAAGAGAGAAAAGAGCUGAGAGUACAACCUGGGGGCACCUACACUUAAGAGACAGGUGACUGAGGAGGACACAGGGAAGGAGACUGAGAAGGAACAGAGAGGAGCCGUGAUGCAAGAGAAGAUAGCACCAAAAAUGCAAGGGUAGUUGAUGACAGGUGCUGGAGAGCGAUCAAAUAGAACAAGUGAUCACUGAAAAGAAGAUAUUAGGUUGGGUAAUUAGGGGGUCACUCUUGGUCUCCUAAGACAGGAACAGCAAAUAUAAGGCACAUAGGACUACUUCCCCCAGCCCCCACCCUGCCCACCAGGUACCCAUGGAUUACAGUGACUGAUUUUGACAUAUUUUUCUGCUGAACUUAAACACAGCCUCAGAAUCCUCAACACAGUACCCCAAGCAGCUACUCCCAGUUAGUCAGAGCUGCCAACAAACCAAAAUCCCUUUGCCAUCCUUCUCCUAGAAAACAGUUUGAUGGAGGUGUAGGGAAGAAAUCAGACAGCAAUGGGUUGAAGUAUCUGAGAAAGGAAGAGGUCAAGGUGGUGAAGAAAAGAGAGCUUACGAAGUGUAGCAGUGAAGGAACAGAGAGGGCGGUUGCUUGGGGCAGUGUAAGGAUCAAGCCAGAGACUAAUCCUCCAGUAGAAUCCACUUUCUUAAGGUCAACUUAGUACUUGUCCAGCAGCAAGCCAGGUAAAGCAAUAUCCCUGUACUCUCCCUUCUUCCAUCCCCACCCUUGGCUGAAGGAAAAAUUGAUGUUAAAUAAAAAAGCUUAGUGUGUAGGCUUGUUUCCAAAAUAUUCAUUUGAUUAACAGAGACAUAUGGUAUAAUCAGAGUUGGCCCUGCACAUAUUUAUGAAGGAAGAAUUCUCUCUAGUAGUGGAAAUUUGAGGAUCAGCAGUGAUGUGGGAAAGGUAUUAGUCUUGGCCAGGGCCCUUCCCCCAAACCCCUUGAAAACCACACCCUGAAGGAAAGCCUUGGCCCUGAGAAGACACUCUGCCAUUGUCUCUUCUGCCACCUCCUCUGUGACUCUUUCCUUCCUUGCCAGUUUACUCCACACACACAUUUUUCUCUCCUCUCCUUUCUAUCACCUCUGUCCCCCUGCCUCUUUCCCACCACUUCCAAUUUCUCAUUCCCUCCUGCUCUCUUCCAUUUUUCCUGGUCUCAUUCAUUGGGACCCUUCUCUUCUUGAUCUCUCCACCCUCUUUCUGGCUUCAGAGUUUUUGGAUACAGGGUAGGUUCUUCAGAAGUUCCCCCUCAUCCAGUCUGAAUGGGCAUUGAUAAAAAAAAAUCCAGUUCUACUACUAUCUCUUAUACAUACAACUCAUGUUUCUUUGUACAUUUGAUAAAGCACAAUAAAUAAUAAUAUUCUAGCAUUUAAUAACAUUUACUCCACAUUUACUAUGUUCCAGGCACUGUUCUAAGUGCUUGGCACGAAUUAACUCACUUAUUGUCACAACAACUCUUAACAGGGACAUUCUGUUACUAUUCCCAUUUUACAAAGAAAACCAGAGCACAAAAUAGUUGAUUAACUUGCCUAAUGGUCACACAGGUAGCAGCAGAUGGUGGAGCAAAGAUUUACAGCCCAUCCCAUAUGACUCCAGAAAUCUCACUCUAUAACCGCUAUGCUUUUUGCUUCACAGUGUAGUGGAAAGCCCGCUGGACUGAAAGUCCAAAGCCAUGGGUUAAAGUUCACAUCUGUUACUUUAGUACUAUGAUCUUGGACAAGUCACCUCACUUGUCCAGUGCCCCACACUUGUAAGGACAUUUUAUUGUGCUCUGGCCAAUACCACACAGUUAAGCUUGGAUUUAUUCCUCUGCCCUUCCUGUAAUUAUUUUUCCCUCUCUAUUUAGAUUUUCAUCUCCUGGAGAGCAGUCACCAGACCUUAUUCUUUUUUUGUACUCAGCUUACCCCCAAGGACCUAGAAUAAUGCUCAGCACCAAAUAGAACAUACACAUGCGUACACACACACACACACACACACAAACACACACACUACUGUGGAUUUACUAACAUAGGAACCUUAGUGACUACAAAGUACACCAAAGGGCUAUAUAUGUGUGUGUUCAUGAAGCUUCCAAGUACGUUAGCUAAUAAGACUAGUUAAUAUUGGGUGCAUUCUUUGUUUAAAUAUAAUUGGUACUCAAAUAAGUUAACAUUUCCCAGGUUUACCUGAUUAUUUUGCAUAGUAAACUUUUUUCUAUACCAAGAGUUAACAUACCUUUAAAACUUCCACAUCAUGGAGUUUCCAUUAAGGUUCAGUGGAUUAAGAACCUGACUGGUAUCCAUGAGGAUGCGGGGUUGAUUCCUGGCCUCGCUAGUGAGUUAAGGAUCCAGCAAUGCCAUGAGCUGCAGUGUAGGUCACAGAUGCAGCUCAGAUCCAGUGUUGCUGUGGCCGUGGUGUAGGCUGGCAGCUACAGCUCCAAUUUGACCCCUUGUCCAGGAACUUCCAUAUGCCACAGGUGCAGCCAUAAAAA